CACUCAACGUUGCCUCGGCGGAUUUUUGUGUGCGCGCGGUGGUGGUGUCGUGUUCGUUGGGCGCUGCGCGACUGUCCCGGCCGUACUGCCGGUGGGCUUCGUUUACAGCCCCAAGGAGCGUUCCCCCCACCCUCGCGACGCCGUCUGGGAAAGUCUGCGGAAUCCGUGCGGGCCAUCUGGAGCCGAGUCGGCCGAAUAGCAGACCCCGAGCCCCUCCAGACUGACCGAGAACGGCUGCAAACAUGGAGCCUGGCGCUGUCCGGAGAGUCGCGACACUCUCCGUGUGGACCGCUACUUGGUCGGAAAACGUCGUCGUCGGACUACUCGUCACCAUGUUUCGCUGAUCUGAAAGAGUGUGCCGAGGAUCUUUGGUGAGCGCGGGGAAAGAAGUUGCACGCCCGGUCGUUGUGGUCGAAGGAACUGGCCCGCUAACGAUGCGGACGAGCGGAGCUGGGAGCGCUCGCUGACGCCGGCCGAUUAGGCGGCUCCGGACGCGACGGUGGCCCGGGGCUGAAGACCGGGAAACAUGCGGAAGAACUGCCUGGCACGUGCCCUGUACGACAACAUCGCCGAGUCCCCCGAGGAGCUGGCCUUCCGCAAGAACGAUGUGCUCACGGUGCUGGAGCAGAACCCGGGCGACCUGGAAGGCUGGUGGCUGUGUGCCCUGCGGGGCCGCCAGGGACUGGCACCGGGCAACCGGCUGCGCCUCAUGCCCGGCAUGUACGACCCAACUGGCCUGGGCUACGCUACGGGCACGGCAGCUCCGGGGGGGCACGCCGACGCGUCCCUGCUGUCGGCAGUGCCGCCUGCGGCCGCUCCUAGCACCUACCCGGGGCCCGGACAGAGGCAUGCCAGGCGCCGCUCGUGGAGGGUGGAUGCCAACAAGGUCGUGACGCCCAACAAGAUUGGGGAUGUGUACCUCUACGACGUUCCAGCAGGUGCCAAGAUUCCGGAAGAAUACGACGUGCCAGCCCAUUCCACUCUACCAAGGCCAGUCACCCAUGUGCAUGCUGACACUGUCAUUCCAGCCCCUCAAGAAGGAAGAAAGCCCCUCCCGGCAACGCAGGGCAUGGCGUACGAUGAACCGCGGCCCUUCACAUUAUCCUAUGACACACCACGCUCUUCUCUCAACUCCCACGGGGACGUGACACUAUCCGUUGCACCAGGCGCGGAGUGGUACGACGUGCCCAGGCCCCAGGCUGAUUACGACGUGCCCAGUUCGGAGCCUGUUGGUGCCUAUGCCACGCCACCGCCACCCCGGGGGAUAGCCAAGGUCGCCAGUUCUACGUAUGAUGUGCCCGUGGACAGUGGCACCCUGCGAUGCGUGGCGGCGACGACUUACGAUGUCCCGGUGUCCGGACGCUCCAGUGGCGUGUCGCUCCUGUCGACAAGCUCAUCGUCGGCGGGGGUCUCUCCGGCAAGCAGUCAGUCGAGUUUGAACACGUCGCUGUCCUUGUCCAGUCUGUGUGGCUCGAACAGGUCAAGUCUGGAACAGGGCCACGAGGCGUACGACAUCCCGGUCAGCGGUCCUCGACGUGUGGCCGACACCUGCCCCAACGUUGUCCCUUCUCGCGGUGGCCUGGGCACCGUACCCCCACCCCCUGGCCACAGCACCACACUCCUGCAGUUUUAUGACGUGCCGACCAACAAUGCUCCUGCCCCUUACUACGACACGCCCCCCAAGCGGGGUCCUAUCACUCAGGGGCCGUGCAUGGACGGCGUCUACGACGUGCCACCUCAGGUUACACGUGACGCCCCGCUGCCACUUGUCAUGGACGAAACUGAUUCGAAGCGGCAUUCAUCAUCGAGCAGCGACUCGCGUGGCUCCCGGGACUAUGAGGCGGUGGGAGAGCUAAGAGAGCUGCACUUGGAACGGGAUGCAGCACUGGAGAUGCUGGUCAAAGUGCAGCAGGAAGUGAGCAGUGCCAUCAGCAAGCUCUUUUCGCUCACCCACUCGACACUCAAGCGACAGGAAAGCGCCACCAACGAGAGCCGUCUUUACGACCUCAAGACCAGCUGCCACAAAUUGCGUACGUCACUGCGCGAGUUCCUCAACUUUGCCCAGGGGGCUCUGGCCAAUGCCGCCCAUUUGGAAGACCGCAAAUUGUGCCAAAAGCUAGCGAGACUGGCCAAACCGCUCGUCGACUCGUACCAGGUGGUGGUGACCACCACACAGGCGCUUGACGACAAGGGCUGGCAGAUCAGCGCCACCCGAGACACCUCGGCUGGCCCCGACGAGCUUGACCAGCUCAUUGCGUGCGCUCGCGGCCUCACCGAAGACAUCCAGCAGAUUGCGUCUACUAUACAGGGAAACUCGACACUCAUCUUCAAGAAGUCGCCGCUCAUCAGUGAGUCCGGGAGACCGAUGCAGGAGAGGCCGCUGCCUGUGCCACCGAAGCGAGACGACGACCAGUGGGCCAGCGACUACGACUACGUCAACCUCGAGUCCAAGGCUUCGGUCGAGAGGGAAAACGAGGAAAUCAAGGCUGCCCUGCCGGCAGAGCUGGGACUUUCUUUCGACAAGCUGCUGCAGCAGUCUCAACUCAUUGUCGAAGGCGUGGUUCAGGAACCACCGACGCUCUCAUGCGCGGCCAGCUUGGACCAGAACGACUUGCAGAUUCUCAAUUUCUACGGGGCUCAGAUUGACACCCACAUCCUGUUUCUGACCAGUGCCAUCGACGCUUUCCUGGCCACCAUCGAGAACAACCAGCCGCCCAAGGUGUUCAUCGGCCACAGCAAGUUUGUGGUGAUCAGCGCUCACAAGCUGGUGUACAUGGGGGACACAGUAUAUCGCAACGUCCUCAACGCCGACGUCCGAGCGCAGGUACUGCAGUGCUCGAGCAACCUGUGCGAAGCCCUCAAGGGUCUCAUCAGCAGCACCAAGAAGGCGGCUCUGCAGUUCCCGUCCGUGGCGGCUGUCCAAGAAAUGGUGGACAGCAUUGUGGACGUCUCGCACCUGGCCAACGACCUCAAGGUGUCCGUCACGCAGGCCACGAGAUAACCAUCUUGCCUGUUGUGACGGAUGAAAGUCACAUCUACCUGCUGCGUCACUUGCUUGGCCGUCGAACAAGAGGCUCUCUUCCAGGAGCACAGGACAUUGAAUGGGCAUCGGGCUGGUCUCUUGGAAGGUUUCUCAAGGGGGCAGCGCACUAACGAAUUCUCCGGAAUGGUAUCGACAGAGACCGCAUCUGGUAUGCGGCAUAGAGAGCAAUAGGUUUUUCUGAUCGUUGGUAGGAAUAUGAAGCGAUUAUGAGUACAGGGUAAGGGUCGAAGGGUAGGUGCACUGCCAGAUUUGCAUUCACUUUACUAUUGUCUUUUUCUCGCUAUAUUGAGCCCUAUUCAACUUACCCCCAUUAAGUUGCAGUUUUUAGUGUAAUAUUGCAUGUGUGCCUUUGCAAUGAAGUCCUUUUUUUCCCAUGGAGUUCUGACAGGCAUUGUUUCGGCAUAAGAAUGCACUUAUUUGAGUUGUUAGAGGCAAACAGAUAUUGUUUUACGCAAAGCUGACUGCGCAUUAAGUUGCAUUGUUACACAUUUUCCGCGCAAGAUAAAACUGGGAUUUUUUUUUGUGUGGGUUUCUCACAUCCAAUGAUUCUGUAUCUAAAUAUGCUUGUAAUUGAAUUCAGAGUGCAUGUAUAUCGUCUGCAAUGGUGUUUGAGUGGUAGUCUAUUUAGUAUCUCAAAUCAAAGAUUGUAGACAAAAGGGAUGUGCUCACAGCGCAUGAAUGGUAAUGAUUCAAUGUGUUGUUCAACCCCCGAGAAAGUGGCAAUUUAUGAUUUUUGCUUUGGCAGAAUAUGGCUGCUAAGGCAGGGCUACAAUGCACCAAGCAUCUCUCGUUGCACAUGCCAAACAUGGGUGUCGGCAGGAUCCAUUUUAGGGAGCGGGGUGCAAUCUGGGCUUUAGUGUUCAAGUGAACACAAAUUGAAUGCUAAUCCCUAGAGUUUACAGCCUGUUAUGUAUUGAACUCUGCAAGAAACCAAGUUUUAGACUACAAUUCAAUUACUUUUUUUAAAAGGAAAAUAACGAGUAUAGUUAUUCAGGUCCGGUUACGAGAACAUCAUCUAAACCCAAUAAAAAAACUAGGGCACUUUGCCUAAAAAUGAAGCUGGUAAGAUCACAUUUCAAACUUAUUCUACCCUUUAGUUUACUGUGGAGUGAGCACGAGCUCCUAACUUUAGAAUGGGGUCCCAUUGCAGGAGGAAUGACCCACUGUAUCUCUCCUGUGUUCCUGGUGCCUCAGCCUUUGUAGAUUGGAAGCCUCCAGACUGUGGUCUAAGGAAGUUCCAUUUCUUUUCCUAAGCAUGGAGUAGCUGGCACCGUUUCUAAGGCCACCAAACUCUCCAGAACCCUAAUUUAUUCUUUUUUUUUUUUAAAUCCUACUUCCUUUGUUGGUUAAAUCUAAGGGAAGAAGUUUCCCCUCAGCUGAAUGUACCAACUUCCGUGUCAAGUUCCCAAGUGAAUAUUUUUAGAUUUCAGCAUGUGCACAACCUUAAUGCUUUGCAAUAGCUGCUCUAAAAUAGGUGCCUUCGUGAAAGAACAUGACCGAUUGUUGUAGAUCCCACAAGGAAUAUUGGUGCGAAGGUCAAACUGGGGGGUAGUGAACCUUUUGCAGAAAUACCAGUUCGAGAGUAAAUGUAUUUGGUACACUCGCUCUCUUCCUUCCAUCUCGUCGAGCAGAGGGGGAAGGUGGUUUCGUUGUACAAACUUUGGGGCCGAAGAUAACCCUCAAUGGGGACAAAGGCGAAGUUUGGGGGAGCCGUACCUAGGUCAUGGCAGAUCAAUGGGGAAACAGGAUGUAGCCGAUAUUUUGGGUGUCGAACAGCCUUGAACCCAGUUGCGUGUCUAGGUGGCAGCACACAUUUGGAACAAGGUGGGUCAGAUGUUUACCCAAGGAUUAAGAACUGGAUUUUAGUAGUGUCGUAACAGGAGGGGGAGGGGAGAGAAAAUGCCUCCUGCUAGACAUUUUAGGCAUAUGCAGUAAAUAAGGAAAGGAAAGAUAAAUCUCCUUUUCCCCCGCUGGGUUCUUUGCGUCAUCUACCUCCAUCAGCGUGGGGCACAGAUUGGAUACGAGUGCUGCGUCGGUUUUUGGCUGGUGUUCAUGUUCAACCGGUGCUUUAGGUUGAACACAAGCCCCAGUCGAAGGCUGCAUCAGAAACAACCAAGUUAUCCAGUGAACCCUUAGGAGCGUGACUGUUCGAUCUCCUGCCCAACAGUCAUAACUUCAAAAACCUGAGCGAGGAACACAUGGAAAAGGGGACAAACACACCUCUUUUCUGUGUGUUCCUCAGUCGUGUUUUUGUCACUAUGAAGUAACCAGUUAGCUUGUUUUUUUUUUUUUUUUUUUUUUUAAGUACCACUACAAAGAAUAGCCUUUGAGACUUCCAAAGUGAUUCAAAAUGUCUGGGAUAAGUAGGCUGUAUAGAUACUUAGCUAAGACAGCCUGCUCACUGAAUUUGCAAUUGUGAACUUUGCACAUUUUCUCCCUUUCCUACCUUCCCUACUUUAACAGUCGGCCAGAAGUAUGUGCGGGGCAUGACGAGUCCUUGCGCAUAGGCUCCUCAGACUUGCUGACAAACCACUGUACCCAAACCGGUUGGCUAGUGGGAAGUCUUUUUGGUACCCUCCUGCUGACACCCAUGGUGCCAAAGAAUGUGCAUCUCGUGUUGAACAGUUUGAAAAUUCACUUGUUUCGUGUUGUCCGUUUAGUAUGCCGACAGUGCAGCCCACAAGCACCUGAGCGGUGCACAGGAUGGGUGGUGCCAUGAUCUGAAAUAAUUUUUUCUUCUCUCAAAUAUUCGCUCGUUCUCGACGAUUCUUUUGAGGAGAAAUCACCGACAUGGACUGCUUACUACAUUUCUAGCGGUCAUGCUUUGCAUUGCCUCUUGGUGGCAGCGCUUUCAAUUUGAUGGCGACUCGUUAUGACGACUAGAGGAAUCAAUAUCUUGGUUAAAUGUGCUGUCAUACUUUGGCCAAAGGAGGUAGGAAUGUGAGACAACCAGUCUUCUUUUGCACUCUGCACUAUGUCGUGGCAAUAAUUGAACUGCAUGCCUUUUGCUUUUUUGGUUGAUUGCUGUCAAAGAACUGAGGGAACAGUGGUAGCACAUUCAUGUUUCUUUUGAUAGUAACAGUAAUCCAAGAUGGGUAACAUCAUAUCUGAUUGAAGUUUUGCUGGUCUUCCUUGGCCAUGGCCUCCAUUGCUUUGCAAUGUGGACUGUCAAAUUUAGCUUUUCACCAUCUCAAUUGCGCCAUUUUUGUGUAAAGUUAGUCUGUUUCAGAUACUUGUGUUGCAUGUACGAGUGUGUAGAAAGUUGGCAUAUUUGACUGUUUUUAUCGGCAUGAGUUGAAUCGUUUUUAUACGCGAGAGAAUGGAUGGUCAUAGGCUCCGUUGGAGUUGUGGAGUCGAGCAGUUCCGACAAUGUGCACGAAACGUGGGAAAGUAUUACAGGAGAUUACGGACAAACACGCGUGUAUAUAGACCAGGGAGUGUGUGCCAGCUGCAAAGUUUCUGUUGCAAAGCCGUGUGUAUCUUCCACCAAGUGGCCUAGCUCAUGUAAGCCAUUUGUUACUGUAUUCAUACUCCAAGUUUGAUCCCUUUUACAAGCUUCCAUACCUUCUGUGAACAGCAAACUUUCUCUGCAGCAACAAAUACAGGUACCACAAGACACUGCUUUGCAGUCCAAGUAAACUAUGAGAAGUGCUAAAAGCACUGUGUAUAAAGUGAGGGCACACACUGCUGUUGUACUGAUUCACAGUUGUGUCGAUACUGUUUUUUUCCCCUCAGUUUACAGUGGUAGGUUUUAGCACUUUACAAGCUCCGUUUUUGUCCAAGCUGUUAACAAACAUUUAAUUUAGACAAGCCUUAAAACUUUCUGCAGCCCGGCAAAAAAAAAAAAAAAAAGCAUUCCUAGUCAAAAAUAGGGAUUUGAUCUCAGUGCAAUUUGAGUGGACAAGUGUUUUGUGCAAUUAAUGUUUGUUUCGACUACUCUCUACUAAUGGGAUAUUUCCUUUAAACUAAAUGGCUGCUCCGGCGAUGAAACUUUCACAUUUCGGCUUCCACUUGACUGGUGAAAUUUUUCAGAUAUAAAUCCCAAUAUAUAUUUAUUGAAUUUACUUGUUACAGCCAUCAAAUUACCCUCAGUCAUUGUUUGUUCACGGCCCAUUUUAAGUCACUUUGUGGAAUGACGAGUUUUACUUCCUUCGAAGUGUACUGCUGCCAGCUUAGACAGAGGUCACUACUGAGAUGAUAACCUAAUUUAAUCCGAGCUUCUGCUUUCAUAUAUAGAAUAAGUAAAAAUUUAAAUUUAUAGAAGAGGCUUCCCAGUUAAGUUGAGCAUCAAUGUUUGCUUACAUUGAUGGUCCUUGCUUAAUGCAUAUUCCCUUUUUCUACUGAAGGAGUACUACAAGAUGUAAAUUGUGUACUGUAAUAUCCUCACGCGAUGCGAUGAAAACUUAUCUCAAUGAACGCAAAGGUUGUAAUAAUCGUCGUUUUCAAUAAAUGGUCGUUUUGUACAUUAUUACAAACGGAUAUUGUACAUAUAUAUAAUAAAAUUGUACUCGGUCUCUA